AGCAGGGAGGAGCUAGCAGAGUGCGGCUGAGCGGAGCCGAGCAUCACAACACGCGUUGGAGGAAACGGGCAAACACGGCACUUUCUUGACUUCCCUCCGUGUCCUGGCCUACGUACAAAACAUGUCUGCGGGGGAAAAUUAACGUACUGGAUUUGCACUUUCGUCCAAACGGCUCGUCUGUGAGAGCUCUGUCAUCGCUGAGCAGGCAGAGGGGAGAGCAGCUCAAUUGUUUCCUGCGCCAAGAACUGUAAAGACAUGGUCAUUACACCGCCACCGCAUCUGUGAUGACAAGCCAUCAGCAAGUAACCAGCUAAUCUGCAGCGCUUCCUGCUUUCUACAAUGUCCCACUCCCAACACUCCCAGCGAGGCACCCACAGCCGCGCCAUGAGCUCUGAGGAGAGGAGCUCUGUGACGGUUAACAAGACCUCCACACCGGUGCACAAGAGCGCAUCCUCCUCUUCCUCCUCUCAGCGAGACAGCCGGCAGGAGACAGACAGCUGGGAAAUCAUCGAGGGGCUGAAAAUCGGUCAGAGCAACGUCCAGAGGCCAGAUAAACAUGAGGGGUUUAUGCUGAAGAAGCGGAAAUGGCCCCUCAAAGGCUGGCACAAGCGUUUUUUUGUCCUGGACAAUGGUAUGCUGAAGUACUCCAAGUCCCCUAUUGAUAUCCAGAAAGGCAAACUGCACGGCAGCAUCGAUGUUGGCCUCUCGGUGAUGUCCAUCAAAAAGAAAGCCCGUCGUAUUGACCUGGACACAGAGGAGCACAUCUAUCACCUGAAGGUCAAAUCCCCAGAUGUCUUCGAUGCUUGGGUGUCCAAGUUGCGACAUCACCGCCUCUACCGACAAAACGAGAUUGUGCGAUCUCCUCGCGAUGCCUCCAUGCGGACGUUUCCUCCGUCGGCUGUUGCCGAUUCCCCCCAGGCUGCUUCAAGUGUCGCACAUGAAGCUAAGCAGGCUAAACCCAGUGGUUUGCUAUGGCAACCAUCCGUCCCCACCAACAGCAGCCUGCCUGGCUCCUACAGUAACGGUCAGAGCAAAGUGGCUGCCUGGCUGCAGGAAUCUGAGGAGAUGGACAAAUGUGCUGAAGAUCUUGCACAUUGCCAGUCCAACCUAUGUGAGCUGAGUGGCUUAUUGCAGAGUCUGGAGAUUCUACAAAGGACACAGUCAGCUCCCAACUUUGCAGAUAUGCAGACCGCAUGUGUAGAAUUGUCAAAGAAAGAAAAGCGCUUGAACAGAAGAUGGAGGACAAAAAGUGUCGGCAAAGAUGCAAAAUUCCAGCUUCAGGUCCCGCUUUCAUCCAGCAUGUCUCCCGUCCGACUCCACUCAUCCAACCCUAACCUCUGCGCCGAGUUGGGGGACUUUCAAGCUCCUGUCUCGCGGCUGACAGACAGCGUGGAGUGUAGCAGUGACUACACUAAACUGCAAGAGGAAUUCUGCACCAUUGCCCAAAAAGUCCACACACUGCUCAAGUCGGCCUUCAACACUGUGGCCAUCGAGAAAGAAAAGAUCAAGCAGAUUCUGUCCGACCAGGACCAGUCUGAUCAAUCAGCGCAGAUCAACUCCCUCAGGAAGUCUCUGUCACAGGCCCUGUCCCAAAACGCUGAACUUCGAACCCGGCUUAAUCGCAUUCACUCAGAGUCUGUCCUGACGGAACAAGUCGUCAGUGUAAACAUCAUCUCCACACCUGACGAGCGGGUUGGAGAGCAGAUGGGGAUCCCUCUGACUCAGCAGGCCUCCAAUGAGAGCCGACUCUCCAUGUCGGAGUCUGUCUCUGAGUUCUUUGAUGCCCAGGAAGUGCUCCUGUCAGCUAGCUCAUCAGAGAAUGAGGGCUCGGACGAUGAGUCGUACGUCAGUGAUGUGAGUGAUAACAUCUCAGAGGACAACGCCAGCGUGACCGAUAACGUCUCCAGACAAAUGGCCAAUGGAGACUUUGCUGGCUGUGCCUUUCGGAACGGGCGACGCACUUGUCUGCCGGCGCCCUGCCCCGACACCAGCAACAUCAACCUGUGGAACAUCUUGCGGAACAAUAUUGGCAAGGACCUGUCCAAAGUGUCCAUGCCAGUGGAGCUCAACGAGCCCCUCAACACGCUGCAGCGCAUGUGCGAAGAGCUGGAGUACAGCGAGUUGCUGGAUAAAGCUGCUGAAACAGAGGAUCCCUUUGAACGCAUGGUCCUGGUCGCUGCCUUUGCUGUCUCAGGCUACUCAUCUACCUACUACCGAGCAGGAAGUAAGCCAUUCAACCCGCUUCUUGGAGAGACGUACGAAUGUAUCAGAGAAGACAAGGGCUUCUGCUUUUUCUCAGAACAGGUGAGUCACCACCCGCCCAUCUCCGCCUGCCACUGCGAGUCCAAGAACUUCACCUUCUGGCAAGACGUGAGAUGGAAAAACAAGUUCUGGGGGAAAUCGAUGGAGAUAUUGCCAGUCGGGACAGUGAACCUCAUGAUUCCCAGGUUUGGAGAUCACUACGAAUGGAACAAAGUCACCACGUGCGUUCACAACAUCCUGAGUGGACGGAGGUGGAUCGAACACUACGGCGAGAUCACCAUCCGAAACACAAGAAGCAGCGCCUGCCUCUGCAAGCUCACCUUCGUCAAGGGCAACUACUGGAGUUCUAACGUGAACGAGAUCCAAGGAUUUGUUAUGGACCAAGAAGGGAAAGUCAUCCACAGGCUUUUUGGGAAAUGGCAUGAGGGUCUUUACUGUGGUGUUCCACCUUCUGCCAAAUGUAUUUGGAGGCCAGGCUCCAUGCCCACAGAUUACGAGCUGUACUACGGCUUCACCAGGUUCGCCACUGAACUAAACGAGCUGUGUCCCGAGUUAAAAGACGUCCUGCCGCGUACUGAUGCACGAUUCAGGCCCGAUCAAAGGCAUCUAGAAGAAGCAAACUUGGAGAUGGCCGCCUCAGAGAAGCAGCGGAUUGAAGACAUGCAGAGGACCAGGCGGAAGUGGAACGACGAGAACAACGUCAAACACGAGCCUUGCUUCUUCAAGAAGGUGGUUGACGCCAAUCACAGGGAACGAUGGGUGUCCAACAACAUGUACUGGGAGCUCCGCAAAAACCCCGGCUUUAUCAACAUGGAACCUACAGUCAGCCUGUGGUAGCGACACGGCCCUCGCGCUUCAUAUUCACCUCUGAACGGUAAAACAUGCGAAGAGAAACGCACGUGCAUUGGACCACCUGCUGAGGUUCUGGGGCACCGGUUGAGGAUCACCUUCAUUGUGCUUGUGGAAGCCAGGUUGUCAGGGGCAACAAAAGGUGCAAGUCCCGUGUAGAUCUUUCCUCAGCUACGUUCAUGACUCCUGAGUCAGUCCUUUGCCUUAAACGGACGCUCGUAGUUAGCUGAAGCUCUUUGAUUUCUGACAUCUUGACAACAACAUGCAUGUUUAGAGCUCUCACUGGCAUCCUGCCAUAUUUAAUAUAUCAUUCAUGUUGUAGAGAAAAAAUAGGUAUUUUUAUAAAAUAUCUUGGCAAAUUUUAUUUAUUUUUGCCUUUUACUACCGUCUGUCACACGAGGAACAACACGUCAAACUCUGUAGUGCCACAGAGAGGUGAGAAAGGGUCCACGUAUCCCAAAAACCCACCUGGUUCUGGCUCACACUGACAAACAAAACCACACUGGUCUCUGUCCGUUUAUAUAUUGUGGGCUUGCUUUGCCACACGGCAGGGAAACCCACUCCAGCAACGAUACAAACAGCAAAAGCCAAAUAAACAUGAUACUUGUUCAAUCAGAUUUUGUCCGAAGUUAAGAGCAACUACAGUGGAUCCCCGCAAAUUCGCUCAUUUUUGGGCAAAAAAUGUAUUACAAAUAUCUUUUUGUUCCAAAAAUAGGCAUUUUUAUUCAUAGAAAACACGUCAGUCACCAUAAGUCGGUCAGAAUGUAUAAAUACGUGGUAAUACUGGUGAAAUGUACACAAUAUUUACAAGUUUAUGUCUUUACGCUUCACUGAUAAUGUUUUUUCACCAAGCAUUAAGAUGUCGCACUUUGUUGGCCGGUCCUUGAACGCACCGUAAUAGCUGUGAGACACAAAAGUGAUGCGGCCGCAGCUUAAUCGCGGGUCAGCGUACAUUAUCAUUCAUUAGCGGUGAGUAUUUGUACGUUUUAUACUGUAAAUACAUUUAAUAAGUGUGUGAGGCUGAAAACCAUGGAUUUCUUAUUGGAGGUCCUGAAUGAUAUCCCAGGUGAUGUCAAUGCCUGCCCGUUUGUGCUUAUGUUAAAGUGACAUUUACUUUAAUUUCCCCAUGUAAUAAAGAACGUGUAUCAUUUGUUUCAAUACAUUUUGUAGUAGGAAUAUGGAUUAUAUUGCUACCUUUUAACGCCUAUUUGCUUUUCACCCAUCCUGUAUAGGGCUUAAACCUGGAUUGCAUUGCAAGUGAACGACGGCAGGAGGGUUUUGGGGAGGGGUGAAUGUCUCUACUCGCCAUUAGUUGGUGAAUCUGGAAUGGAAGUACAGUAAUCCCUCAUUUAUCGCCAUAAAUUCAUCCAGACCCGACCAUAACAUGUUUCCGCCAAGGAGGAUUCCUUGUUUAUAAAUGGAAUAUUUUCAUAGAGCAUGUAUAAUUUUGUUUACAACCUUGUAAAUAUGUUUUUUAACAUUAUUAGAGCCCUCUAGACAUGAAGUAACACCCCUAUAGUCACCUUUACACUCCUAUUACCCGAUAUAGUAGGCACAAUAACAGACAAUAAGACAUAAGUAAGACUUGUGCUCAUGCGUGUUGCUGUGAAUGUGUUUAGGUGGUGCGGACAGGAAGUGACGUUGGGGUUUCAGAGUUGAGUGUUAGCUUGUUACCGUCACAGCAGUAGCCCGCAUUAGGAUUAUUUUGCCUGUUGUGAGAUCAUUCAAAGCUGCAAUCAUUAUUCAGCCAAUCAAGUCUGGUGCUUGAAUGUUACAUUAAAGUAACAUUACUGACACCUAGUGACCAGUGUAGAAUACUACAUAUCAUCACAACACCUUUGAAUGCGUCUUCUGAAUGCCUUAUAUUUGUAUUUUUACGCUAUUUAGUAAAAUGUGCUCAAAUAUGCAUAUUUUGGACUAAUAAUAGGCUAUAUUCAACCACAAUACAGCUUGAUUUAUUAAUUCGUAUUUUUUUUUUAAAACGUGCGUGUGAAGCUGAAAAAUUGGAAGAGCAAAGUGGCGAGGGAUGACUGUGCCGCGGAUAGCGGGGAUCUACUGUAUACAGUAGGACAGAACACGCUACAGACACAAAUAUUGUGAAUAUUAUUAAGAAAUGUGAACAAAUAUGAAGCACCUCAUGUUGAGAGAUGGUCUCUGAGAAGAUCUAUCUUCUAGAUCAUUGUUGGUUCUCAACUGGUAAAAUAAUAAUGUAACAAUCCGGGGUCAGUAAAUGCACCUUGCGGUUUGUCUGUGCUAAUGGCUUGCUACGCGCCCCACAAGGUGAUUGCUGUUCCUAAAGCGAUCAUGAAGUUUUGUCCCGGGACAAAGUCUUAUUUUGCACUUCCUCAAAUUUUUCUUUUCAUUUAACAGUCAGGAGAUUGGGAAGAUCUGGGUUCGAUUCUCCCUUGGGCAUUUCUGUGUGGAGUUUGCAUGUUCUCCCCACGUGGGUUUUCUCCGGGUACUCCGGUUUCCUCCCACAUUCCAAAAACAUGCAUGUUAGGUUAAUUGGCGACUCAAAAUUGUCCAUAGGUAUGAAUGUGAGUGUGAAUGGUUGUUUGUCUAUAUGUGCCCUGCCAUUGGCUGGCGACCAGUCCGGGGUGUACCCCGCCUGUCGCCUGAAGUCAGCUGGGAUAGGCUCCAGCAUGCCCCCGCGACCCUAAAGAGGAGAAGCGGUACAGAAAAGGGAUGGAUGGAUUAUGAGAUAUCCGAGUUGAAAAAUGUCUACAAUUUGGGUCAUUAAAAUGUUGAUGGUGGGUCCCCGCAGCCAAACCAGUUGAGGACCAUGGGUAUAGAUCACCCCAAAGGUCAGUCAAGUUAUUCCACACCAAACAUGUUUGUAGACCUUGUUAUACCAGAAAAGGGUCUGCUUCACACUGGAAGUUUGUUGGAAGCUUUAACUCAGGGGUGUCCAAAGUGCGGCUUAGGGGCCAAUUCCAUGUAAUUGUUGCUGGGGUUUUUUUUAUUAUUGGCCCGAUGCACAUUCGGAAAAUAUAAUUUAACAAGAAAAUCAACAGGGGAAAAAAAAAAUCAGCAGUAAUUUUACAAGAAUAAAGUCAAAAUAUUAGGAGAAAGUUGUAAUUUUAUGAGAAGAAUGUAAUAUUAUGAGGAAAAAUAAUGUAAUUUUAGUAGCAUGAAGUUGAACUAAUAAAGAAAAAAAGAGGUUAAACUCGCAAUAUUAUGAGAAACAAAACAACAAAGUUGUAAUAUUUGGAAAAUUAAGUUGUGGAAAAAAUCAUGUUUUGAGAGUUAAGUCAAAAUAUGGGAAUAAAGUCAGAAUUACAAAAGUUGACAGUUACAAAAAAAAAUGCAAAAAUGGGGGAAAAAAACAGCUGUAAUUUUACAAGAACAAAGAAAUUAAGAAGAAAAAAAAAAAGUAUUA